AUUUAUCCAUCUUCAUUUACGAGACCGACAAAAGUAUGUAUCUGUGUGUAAAAAUCAUGACAAACCCCUAAAUCAGAUCAUCCAAACCCUAACGUCUCUCCAUCGAUACACACACAAACUCAAACCUAUACAUACAACAAUCUCAAUCAAUUAAUCAAUCAUGUCUCUACCUCCUGUAGAGUGUGUGUACGUUACUGAAGAGUGCUUGAAGGAAUGGAAAAAUGGAAACCCUAGCUUCAAGUUGAAUCAGUCGGUGCCGAUUGUUCGGUUCCUCUACGAGCUUUGCUGGUCCAUGGUUCGUGGUGACUUGCCGUUUCAGAGGUGCAAAUUGGCGCUGGAUUCGGUGGAGUUCUGUGAUAGGGAGGCGGAUGAGGGCGUCGCGUCGGAUUUCACGGAUAUAGUGACUCAAAUGGCUCAGGAUCUUACAAUGCCCGGAGAAUAUCGCAGCCGACUCAUUAAACUUGCGAAGUGGCUUGUUGAAUGUUCUUUGGUUCCCCUGAGGCUUUUUCAGGAGCGCUGUGAGGAAGAAUUUUUGUGGGAUUGCGAAAUGAUCAAGAUAAAGGCUGCAGAUUUAAAAUCAAAAGAGGUGAGAGUAAACACUCGUCUUCUGUAUCAACAAACCAAAUUCAACCUUCUACGAGAAGAAAGUGAAGGUUAUGCUAAGCUGAUCACCCUUCUUUGUGGGAGACCAGAAGCUUCAUCUCAGAAUGGAUCAGCAGCAACAGUUGGAAUUAUUAAGUCAUUGAUCGGACAUUUUGAUCUUGAUCCGAAUCGUGUUUUUGACAUUGUAUUGGAGUGUUUCGAAUUACAGCCCGAUAAUGUCGUCUUUUUGGACCUUAUUCCAAUUUUCCCCAAGUCCCACGCAUCACAAAUACUAGGGUGCAAGUUUCAGUAUUAUCAGCGGAUGGAAGUUAGUAGUGCUGUACCAUUUGGACUUUAUCAGCUUACAGCUCUGCUGGUUAAAAAAGACUUUAUUGAUCUUGACGGCAUAUACUCACAUUUACUUCCGAGGAAUGAUGAUGCAUUUGAGCAUUAUAAUUCUUUCGUUGCAAAGCGAUUAGAAGAGGCCAACAAAAUUGGAAAAAUAAAUCUUGCUGCAACAGGAAAAGAUCUUAUGGAUGAUGAGAAACAGGGGGAUGUGAAUGUAGAUCUGUUUGCUGCUUUAGACAUGGAAACUGAGGCAGUUGAGGAACGUUCUUCAGAGUUGGAGAAUAGUCAGACAUUGGGGUUGCUUGCUGGAUUUCUUUCGGUGGAUGACUGGUAUCAUUCCCAUGUACUGUUUGACCGUCUCUCCCCUCUAAAUCCGGUAGAGCACAUUCAGAUCUGCAACAGAUUGUUUAGGCUUAUCAAUAAUUCAAUAUCUUCAGCAUAUAAGCUUGUCCAUCAAAUGCAACUUCAAAAUGCUGGUUCACACUCGAGGUCUAGUGCUGAUAUUGGGGAUACAACUCCAUAUGUCCAUCGGAAAUUCAUUGAUCUCCCUAAGGAGCUUUUUGAGAUGUUGUCCUGUGCAGGACCUUAUCUUUAUCGUGAUACUUUAUUGUUGCAAAAGGUGUGUAGAGUAUUAAGGGGCUAUUACCUCUCUGCUCUGGAGUUUUCCAAGUCUGGUGAAAGUGCCUUCAAAUCAGAUAAUGCUUCUUUUCUGAACAAAGCUCCUCGUGUGCACUUGAGAGAGGCAAGGUUAAGGAUUGAGGAAUCCCUAGGAGCUUGUCUACUUCCUUCUUUACAGAUGAUACCUGCAAAUCCUGCUGUAGGGCAAGAAAUUUGGGAUGUGCUGAAUCUCCUUCCGUAUGAGGCGAGGUACCGGUUAUAUGGAGAAUGGGAAAAGGAUGAUGAGGGCACUCCUAUGGUUUUGUCCGCAAAGCAGACAGCAAAGUUGGAUACCAGAAGGAUUUUAAAACGGCUUGCAAAAGAAAAUCUUAAGCAGCUAGGCCGAAUGGUUGCAAAACUAGCUCAUGCCAAUCCAAUGACAGUUUUAAGAACCAUUGUUCACCAGAUUGAGGCUUACAGGGAUAUGAUCACUCCAGUUGUAGAUGCAUUCAAAUACUUGACACAGCUGGAGUAUGAUAUCCUUGAAUAUGUUGUGAUUGAGCGUUUGGCACUAGUUGGACGGGAGAAACUAAAAGAUGACGGUCUUAAUUUAUCCGAUUGGCUUCAAUCAUUGGCUUCAUUUUGGGGUCAUUUGUGUAAAAAAUAUCCUUCAAUGGAAUUGCGUGGUCUUUUUCAGUAUCUCGUCAAUCAGUUAAAAAAAGGAAAUGGUAUUGAGCUUGUACUCUUGCAGGAACUUAUACAGCAAAUGGCUAAUGUUCAAUACACGGAGAACAUGACAGAGGAACAACUUGAUGCAAUGGCAGGAAGCGAGACUUUGCGGUAUCAAGCGACUUCUUUUGGGGUACCCCGAAAUAAUAAGGCUUUAGUUAAAUCCACGAACAGGCUGAGGGAUUCCUUAUUUCCGAAAGAAGAACCAAAGUUGGCGGUUCCCCUUUUACUAUUAAUUGCUCAGCAUCGUUCUGUGGUUGUUAUUAGUGCGGAUGCACCUCACAUUAAGAUGGUGAGCGAGCAAUUUGAUAGAUGCCAUGGGACCCUUCUUCAGUAUGUUGAAUUCUUAGCUAGUGCAGUUACGCCAGCAACAGCUUAUGCUCAACUGAUUCCCACUCUUGAUGAUCUUAUACAUCUAUAUCACCUUGAUCCUGAGGUGGCAUUUUUAAUUUAUCGACCCGUGAUGAGGCUGUUUAAAUGUCAGACUAGUUCUGAAGUCUUUUGGCCUUUACAUUGUGAUGAAAGUGCAAACACGGAAAAAGAUGUGGCUACAAAUCCAUCGAGCCAACCUGUUCUUGAUCUUGGCGCUUCAAGGAAACCUAUUACGUGGUCUGCUCUCCUGGACACUGCUAGAUCAAUGUUACCUCCUAAGGCUUGGAAUAGCCUCUCUCCUGACCUGUAUGCCACCUUUUGGGGUCUUACAUUAUAUGAUCUGUACGUUCCUAGAAACCGAUAUGAGUCAGAAAUAAGCAAGCUGCAUUCUGCACUUAAGGCGUUGGAAGAACUCUCUGAUAAUUCGAACUCAGCAAUCACCAAAAGAAAGAAAGAUAAGGAAAGGAUUCAAGAGUCUUUAGACCGAUUGACUAGUGAAUUGCAGAAGCAUGAAUCAAAUGUUGCAUCUGUUCGCAGGCGACUCAGUCAAGAAAAAGAUAAGUGGUUAAGCUCUUGUCCUGAUACCCUGAAAAUAAAUAUGGAAUUCCUUCAGAGGUGUAUCUUUCCACGAUGUACAUUCAGUAUGCCUGACGCCGCUUACUGUGCUAUGUUUGUACAUACUCUUCACUCCCUUGGGACUCCCUUUUUUAAUACUGUCAACCACAUCGAUGUUCUAAUAUGCAAGACUUUACAACCUAUGAUUUGUUGCUGUACCGAGUACGAAGUGGGUCGACUUGGAAGGUUUUUGUUUGAGACACUGAAGACUGCUUAUCACUGGAAGAGUGAUGAAUCAAUAUAUGAACGGGAGUGCGGGAAUAUGCCAGGUUUUGCUGUAUAUUAUCGAUAUCCAAACAGUCAGCGUGUUACAUAUGGCCAAUUUAUUAAGGUGCACUGGAAAUGGAGUCAAAGGAUUACCAGAUUACUUAUACAGUGCUUGGAGUCACCAGAGUACAUGGAAAUACGAAAUGCUCUAAUACUGUUAACCAAAAUAUCUGCUGUAUUUCCUGUCACACGAAAGAGUGGUAUCAAUCUUGAAAAACGUGUUGCGAAAAUAAAAAGUGACGAAAGAGAAGAUCUGAAGGUGUUGGCCACAGGUGUUGCUGCAGCUUUGGCUGCAAGAAAGUCAUCAUGGGUUACAGAAGAAGAAUUUGGUAUGGGUUAUCUCGAAUUAAAGCCAGUACUUCCUAUUGCUCCAAAGUCUCUGGCUGGUAACGUAGCUCCUCCACACAAUGGUUCUGCUGUUAAUGUAGCUGCAAAUGAACCUGCUGGAGGAAGAAUAAAACCUGCUGAUGGGAAAUCAGAAAGAACAGAAAGUUUAUCUGCCACAGCUAAAUCAGUAGAAAACCAAAAGCAGGGAGAGGAAUCUGGAAAUAAAACACUGGAGGAGAACACGUUGAGAGUUUUUGGGAAGACAUCAUUCGAAUCUGAGGGAAGAGCCGCAUCGAAAAGGUCACUUGCUGCUGGAUCUCUUUCUAAGCAAACAAGGCAAGAUCUUACAAAGGACGAUGGUAAAGCUGGGAAAACAAUUGGUAGAGCGGCAGGUACCUUUUCCACUGGUGACCGAGACCUUUCAACACAUGAUCCAUCUGAAGGGCGACAGACAUCGUCGCUUAACAUUACUUCAGCACACAGUAGCAAUGGCUUAGCUUCAGCUAAAGUAUCUGCAGCUACUACACGGUCUUCAGAUUUCCAUGGCAAUGAAACGAAGUCAGAGGGUGGGGCUGUAAAAGCUAUUGAUUCAAGGCUUCCUUCUGUAAGAGAGGAGGGCAAUGAAGUUUCUGAGUCACAAAGACAGUCCUCUCGGCUAGUCCAGUCGCCUAGGAAUGAAUUUGCUAAUCCAAAACCUGUUGAUAAGCCUCAUAAGAGAGUAAAUCAAGCUGAGGAACUAGAUAGGCUGAGUAAACGCAGGAAAGGCGAUACCGAUUCAAGAGAAUUGGAGGCUGACAUCCGAUUUCCUGACCGAGAAAGGUCAAUUGAUCAACGAGUAGUUGAUAAACCGAGUCCUGCUGAUAUUGAUAGACGAGGUUUGGAUGAGCAAAUAAGCAGCAGGGCUGUUGAUAGACUAAAAGAAAAAGUUGGCGAGAGGUAUGAUCGAGAUCACAGAGACAGAAUUGAACGACCGGAAAAAUCUCGAGGUGAUGAUAACAUUUCGGAAAAAUCACGGGAUAGGUCCAUGGAAAGAUAUGGAAGAGAGCGUUCUGUAGAUAAAUUGCAGGAGAGAGGUAUCGAUAGGGGCUUUGAUAGGCUUACUGAAAAAUCAAAGGAUGAAAGAAACAAAGAUGACAGGAUUAAGUCAAGAUAUAACGACACAUCUCUAGAAAAAUUGCAUGCUGAUGACCGGUUUCAUGGGCAAAGCUUGCCACCACCACCACCUUUACCUGCACACAUGGUUCCACAGUCAGUUAGCUCGGGAAGAAGAGAUGAUGAUGGUGAUAGAAGGUUAGGUACUGCCAGGCACAGUCAAAGACUCUCCCCUCGGCAUGAAGAGAGGGAACGAAGGCGAUCUGAGGAGAAUACCUCUCUAUUGCAAGAUGAAGCCAAACGUCGUAGAGAAGAUGAAUUUCGUGAUAGGAAGAGGGAAGAAAGAGAUGUCUUUCCAUUAAAGGUUGAGGAGAGGGAUAGGGAAAGAGAAAGGGAGAAAGCAAAUCUUUCAAAGGAGGACUUGGAUGCAAAUGCAUCUAAGAAAAGGAAAAUCAAAAGGGAGCCCCUGCAAGCUGAAGCUGGUGAAUAUCUUCCAUCAGGGCCACCGCCGCCUCUUACUAUAAAUUUGUCGCAGCCUUAUGAUGGUAGAGAACGGGUAGACCGGAAAGCAGCCAUGCCUCAGCGUGCUGGUUACAUUGAAGAACCUGGACUGCGAGGUCAUGGCAAGGAAACAAUUAACAAGAUGACCCGACGUGAUGCAGAACAAAUGUAUAAUGACAGGGACUGGGAUGACGAGAAGAGACAAAGAGUUGAGCAAAAGAGAAGGCACCGCAAAUAGUGUGCAUAGCCCCAAGGACACUGGUUCGGGAGCUUGUGUUUUAACUUGUAACCUUUACUACAUGCAAAUUGUAAAUUUGGAGCACAAUAUUAAAUGAUAUACCAAUCCUUUGUACCUGUUAUGGUUAAAUCCACAGCGAAUUAGGUGGAAGUACAGAAUAUUCCUGUUACUUCUGUGUUGAAAUAUAUGUCCUGUUAGAUUUUAGCAUACUAGAGGAUGCUAUAGUCAGUUUUUUAUGCAUGUUGAGCGAACUCUGGAGGCUGUUAUAUAGUCAUUAGUCUUAACAUUCUUCUCAUGCAGUCUACUAGGUUGACAAGCCUCGUGUAAAUUAGAUAGAGAACAUUAGUGUAUACAGUUACAGUAGAUAUUAUUUUUAUUCUCUUAGAUAAUAACAUUCUAUUGCACUGUGAAGAAAA